AUUUCUCUGAUCCUUUGGAUUCCUUUUCGCACUACCUGAUGAUUGGGUGUAUUCAUGGAUUCUUCUCUGGUGAUUCCUUUUGAUCUUGCUGCUAGUUUCGUUUUGGGAGUCGAGUCUUGUCAUCUGAGCUCGUAUUCCGAUCUGAUAGCAUCUCUUGUUGGUUCAUGUGUUGUUAUUGAACGGUUGGUGGCCCUUAAGCAUAGUUUCUUCUGACACUCUACCCAAUGCUGUCCUCAUAGCCUUGAAACACUGAAACACUGAAAACAUAGCUCGUGUCCUUUUAUCGUCUUCACGUUUUUGUUUAUAAAAAAAUCUUACGUUUCCUGUACUGCCCUGUUUUUGAGUUUGCUCUCAUUGCCAAAAGUAAUCUUGUGCUUCCCAAGUUUGUAUCAAACACAAACCUAACGCUGGUUCCUCCCGGGCUGUUAUUUGUAAAAGUAUCUGGUUUGCUAAACCCGAUGGAAAUAUCAGUCCCCCUGCAAAAAGCCACCGUUGUGCCCAAGCCUUUUAUCAGGCUGAUGAGGCUUUUAGCAAGGACUCUCUAUGAUGAUGAUAAUCUUACUACGUUAAGCGAUAAUCAGAAGAAAUCUGCAAAAUGUGACAGCAGAGGGAAUAUCGUUAUGGUGCUAGAUGCUCUUAUGAGGCGGCAAUGGGUUAGAGAAGAAGACUUGGCAAGAGACUUGAAGAAGAACCCCAAGCAAGUUCGAAAAAUAUUAAGACAUUUCGAAGAAAAACAAUUGGUCACGCGUUACCAAAGGAAAGAGACUGCAAAGCGUGCGAAGAUAUAUAAUGUUGCAGUGGCUGCGAGAACUCAUGGCCGUGCAGAGGACAAUGUUAAGUUCAACACACACUCUUAUUGCUGUCUUGAUUAUCAACAUAUGUAUGACACUGCUCGUUUGCGUCUGCAAAAGAUUAAAAGGAAACUCAAAGAUGAACUAGAAGAUAAUAAGUAUACUCUUCAGAAGUAUAUCUGUCCUAACUGCAACAGGAAAUAUAGUGCACUAGAUGCCCUGAGAUUAAUUUCUAUGGAAGACGACGCUUUUCAUUGUGAAAGAUGCGAUGGUGUACUUGUUGUGGAACGCAAUAAGCUAUCUUCCAAAGAAGUAGUAGAUGGUGGUGACAAUGUAAAGAGACUGCAGCGCCAAAGACUCCAGUUUGCGGAGGCUCUGAUGGAUCAAAUUAAUAGAGUGAAAGACCUACCGUUUCCUGUCUAUGAAAGUUUUCCGGAAUGGGAGGCUCGUGCAGCUAUUGAUGCUCGUGAAAAUGGUGAUCUUAAUCCUGAUGAUCCUCUGAGGUCACAGAGUGGAUAUGGUUCAACACCAAUGCCGUUUCUAGGAGAGACAAAGGUUGAGAUUAACCUUGGUGACGGAAAAGAAGAUGGAGUUUCUAGCAUCAAACCGAUGCCUCAAUGGAUGAUUAGGCAAGGAAUGAAUCUGACCAAGGAACAAAGAGGGGAGAUGAGUCAGGAAGAAAAGGUUGGUGGUGUCUCAGAACGAGGAGAAGUAAAACUUUCUGAUGACAAUAAACCAUCAGCCAUGGGAAAUGACAAUGAUACUUACUUGAAGUUUCAGGAAGCUUACCAUGCUGCUCUCCUGCAGCAGCUAGGGAUUCCAUCUGCUACUACAAACUUAGAUCGUCAGGUUGGUAUGAAAUCCAAACGUGAAGAAGCAGAUGCUGAAUGUGAAGAAGGGCCUCAUGUUUCAGCAAAUGGAGCAGAUGUUGAAGAAGAAGAAGACGGCGUCGAGUGGGAAGAAGGCUGAAUGCAAAUGGAUCAAAGCCAUUGAUAAUAGAAUUAUAUAAGGUUAACUGUCAAAUUGUCAUGUGCACUCUAUAGUGAUUG